CAGAGAGGCGGGCAAGAUGGCGGAGGGCGGCGAGGAAGACCCGGAGCUUCAGGAGAUUUUGGAGAGUGCUCUCGAUGAUUUUGACAAACCCAAUCCAGCUACACAGCCGACUCCACCAACCCUAGCAGCGCCCCCAAAGUCCCCACGGGGGGCAACUACGGAGCCUCUCUUCUCAGCGCAGGAUCGCUUUUUCCAAGAGCUCUUUGACUCGGAACUAGCAGCUCAGGCCUCGGAAGAGUUUGACAACGCGAUGAGGGAGUUGGCAGGCCAGGAGCCACAGCUGGUCGAACAGUUCCACAAGCUGUCUGAGGUCGCAGGCAGGGUCGGAAGUGAUCCAGAUUCGCAGCAAGAAUUUACUUCCUGCUUACAGCAAACAUUGACGGGAUUGGCUAAGAAUGCAAGUGACUUACAGCAGAGUCCGGAUAUGUCUGAGGAGGAGCUGAGUCAGGCCAUGGACGGGCUGGGCCUGGGACCGAGCGGGGUGCCGGGAGAGACGGAGGCAGGCCUCGCCCCCAUCAUGCAGGACAUUGUGCAAAGCCUGCUGUCCAAGGAGGUGCUCUACCCGUCCGUGAAGGAAAUUGUGGACAAGUACCCCGAUUGGCUGGAGGCACAUCGCAACUCACUGCCAGCAGAGGAGCUACGGAGGUACGAGCAGCAGCACCGGCUGAUGGAAAGGAUUUGCACGGAGUUCGAGGCAGAGACGGACGGGGAGCCGGAAGGCAGGCGGAGCGCCCGCUUUGAGACCAUCCUAGACCUCAUGCAGCAGCUGCAGGAUCUUGGAGUGCCUCCCAAGGAGCUGGCUGAAACGCCUCCUGGACUGAACUUCGACUUGGAUGGUGGGAACUUAUCAGAGAACGCGGCAUUGGGGAGUGAGCAGUGCAUGGUCAUGUGACAGCCCAGCCAGUUUGGGUCACAGCUUGGCUCAUGUGGAGCUUGCCGAGCCCACUUGAAUUGUGGGGUGACCGGACAGUGAAGAGGGAGCUUCAAUAUGUGUGUAACCCCUGCUGUAAGGGAUGGAUGAUGGGAUGAGCAGUGGGUUUGAGUGGAGUCCCUCGGGUGGGGGGGUGGGGGGUCUCUCCCCCAUCCUCCAAACUACCUUUCCGCGAGCUAAUUAAAUGCCCUCUCCCAAUCAUGGUUUACCUGCUGCUCCCCUUCCUUGCCUUCCCUUUGUUUGGCAGGAUAACAUCAUCAAGACCAGCCACGGACCACUUCUUCAGCACACUGUUGAGCAAGGUUUGCCUCGCUGCCUUGUCAGCACUGGUGAUUAAUGUUGACACUAAAUUCAACCCCAGUCCCACGAUCCAGGAUCUUACUGGCAUCAUUCUGCUGCCUGAUUGAGUACAAGGGAGAUUGGUUGCGGCCAUCAGAGAUGGAAUUGGACCCCGUAUAUUAUUAACAAUAAUUCAUCUGUGUUUAUGUAUAUAAUGACUGGAUUUCCAUUAUAAUAAUUAAUGUAACAAAGUAAUUGAUUUAUUAAAGACUUUUGUCUCAUUUCUCUGGAAA